UCUGCUGUCUUCUUAUUGCGUAUUUUUGAUUGAUUCGAAAGCAGGGCAAAUAGCAGCCGAUGUCUUUUAUCAAUGUACGAUAAUAUUUGCGAUGUGUAGUGGUUUGAUUUUACAUGGAAAACGCGAAUACAAUAUGAAAGAGGUUUGGAUAGCUACGCCAAACAGGUUAGCUGUACGCAAUGGAGAGGAGAAAUCCAAAAUCCACUGUCAUCUACAUCAUAAGGACAUGAGUUGUCGCAAUCAUUUGUGGAUUGGUAUUCGUAACUAUUUUUUGACUGGCUUGGCUUUGGAUUUCGCAGCGAUCUUUAAAAGGGCGUCGACUCAACCGCCUUCACCAGAUCUGUGGAGCAAAUUGAAACAUUUUCAAUUGUUUUCAGCUCCGUUAGCUUGCCUGUAUAUUGCUCUAUACCGGUCAAUCCAUUGCUGUUUGAAUCAUUUCAAUAAUUUUUCGGAUCAAAUCAAUCAUGCUUUAGCUUCAUGUUGCGCUGGCCUAUGUUAUUUUCUCUAUCCGCAGCGGGCCCUAUUUUGUUUUGCGGUGUUACAAGCUGUUCAAACGUUGUGGCAACUCUUCAAAAUUGCAAAUUCAAAAACUACAAAUAAAUGCUUCAAAUUUUUCCUAAAUUUUUCCUAUCGAUUAAUUACGUAUCCUUUAACUCAGGCAUACAUGGCGCAUGUGUAUGUUAUGAAACCACAGCUUUGCAGUCCAUUUACUGUUAAAAUUUUAGAUAACACUACGAAUGGUCAGUAAGUAUAAAUACCU